UGAAACACAUACAUAUGUACAUACCAAUUAAAAAUAAAAAUUAUAAAACUAUUUUGAAAUUGUCUAGAAGUGUCGUUUCUAAAUUCUCAGUUUCCACCUCUCACUGUCCGCACCAAUGGCUCCUAAGGGCAAAAAGUCGAAGAAGAUACGGGAGAUCGACUGGGCGGCGGACGCGAACUUCGACAAAAAUCGUUGUAUGAUCUACAUCGAGCACACGCACGAGUGCCCGAUAUUCCAGACCAAGGCCGAGGAGUUCGCCACGUAUGUGAGAGUGCAGGUGCCCAAUCGCAUCAUACAACUGGUACGCAAUCAAAACGGCAAAGUUUUGCCGAGGGAGGGCGCCUUCGAGAUCGGCUUUUCGCAGAAUGCGCGCACCUCAGUCCACAAACUCUGGUCGGGUAUCGAUAAGGGACCACCCAGGCGCGAUAAAUUCCCGCCCAGCUAUGAGCCGCUGAUGCAAGAAAUACGAAAUAUACUAAAGAAAUUCUAUCCAGAAGCACCGGAAACGAAUCUAUUAGAAGACAUGGACGACGACGGUGGAGAGGUGCAUGAGGACUGAGCUGCUACAGUGGAGAAAAAAAGAAGGGAACCUAUUUUGGUAACUGAUGGAACAGAAAAAAGUGCCUUUUGAGAACCCAAUUCAAACAAAUUUUAGCAGAAAAUUGUGCAAAAAUUAUGAAAAGUAGAAAAUAGAAUUGUAGUUCAAAUUUAUACAAAGUUUAAUUUUACCAGCACAAAAAAGCACACACGACCCAGAUUAAUAUCUGGCCAAGGACUCUCACUCCAGCAACACUCCCCAAAAGCUCUUUGGGCGAAUUUUUAUGCUGU